CUGACCUUCGCGCCUCUCGGUCUUUCUGUCGACUCUGCUAGACUAUCAUGGCUGAGGUAAUCGGCGUGGUGGCUGCAUCCCUCGAAUUUGGCAAAGUGUUCGUGGAAUUAAAGACGAAAGCCUCGUCAAUCAGGCAUGCUCCGGAAGAGUUGAUCGUGGUGUUGGAGGAGCUCGAAGUCACUGAUGCUAUCUUGCAAGCCCUUGCUGAUCAAGACGCACUACUAUCUAUCUAUGCGCCGCCCAACGUGAUCCAGAAAUGCCGGGACUUCUGCAAAAAUGCCACCGACAUACUCAAACCCGUCUGCCUCGAGCUGUCCGAGACCAUCAAACAGUCCCGUUGGCCAGGCUCUAUCAAAUUUGUUCUCAAGGAACAUUUUCUUGAGAGGGCGACAAGGCGCAUUGAGCGUGCGAAAAUGAACCUAAUAUUGGCGCAGUCUGCAGCCUCCAUUGCAAUGAGUGCUCUCAGCCUACAACAGCAGAUGACCACACAAACGCUAAUAAUCACGAAGUCUGAUGUGAAAACUGACAAGGCAGCUUUGCAAGCUCACGGCCGAAGCAAGUUAUCCGUAAUGGCCGAUCCUCAAGCAGAUGAUGCAGACAUAUCCCGUGGUGAUGAUGACGGGGCCGACGAGCAAGGGCUUGUCAUCACCAAGACACAGAGAAAACUGGCUGAGUAUGUGGCUUGGAAAAAGACUUCAAUCCUACGAAUGCGCACAUCUGGUAUCACCUACUUUGGCAUCAAAACCCGCAAUAUCAUUCCCUAUGACUCACCCAUAUUCGCCGCGGUUUGCGCAGGCGAUUUCUGUGCUACACGGGACCUUUUACACACAAAACAGGCUUCCAUCUAUGAUGUAGAUUUGGCGGGCAAUACAGUGCUUCACUUAGCCUGCAUGCGGCCAGAUCUCUCAAUCCUACAAUAUCUCCUGCAAGAAGGAGCCGACCCGAAUGAGAGAAAUUUCAAAGAUAACACAUGUUUCGACACGUUGAUUACAGGAUCAAUAAAUCUAUGGGACCACCUUUCUUCUCAUGUUGGUCUUCACCUUAUCGACUUCAUUUCUGAUGCAAUGCGAGUUCUGUUAGGCAAAGAUGACCCUGAAAACCUUGAUGGAUUUUUGACAUCUGGUAUCUAUCAUUUGGCCCAUUUUGAGAAAGAUCGUGGACUUUUAUCGCGCAUGUUUAUGCCUAUCUUCUCCGAACUCUGGAGCAACAUUGACUUUACUACAAGACUUGAUGUAGCAUAUAACAUGGUCUCCCCUUGUAUGACCACGCAACUAUUCUGGCAUGCGCUGUCACAACGAAUGCUAGAUUCCAGAUGCCUGAUCCUACCAGCUGACGAGACGGGUCAGCCUUCCGAAUGCCUUGUUGGUCACUUAGCUUGGACCAUGUCGUCUGAGCCCAUUGAUAUCAAAGGCUUGCGGUUGCUGUUGCAUCAAGCUGUAUCACUCGAUGGGAUUCAGCUUUCCUUCGAAAAUCAUUGUGGCUCACCAAUGCUAAAAUACCUGCAAUUUAGCAUGGAAGCGGGGAUGUAUAUUGGGUCGUUUGCCAAUCUUGAACACCAACGAUUGACAAGUAGAUUACGAAACUGGGCGCAUGAAGUUGAGCUUGCCGGUCAGGAUCUACAGACCUAUGGUCACUGGGAGGAAGCACUACUCUCUGAUGUAGACCUUGUGUUUGACGCGCUUUUAAGGCGUACCCCCGACGGUCCCUUCAAAGCUAGGGUGCUGAAAUUCAAAUAUGGACCUUCUCCAGAGGACUGGGAAAUUUGGGCUACAACUUCGAUGGAUGAAGCUGCCGCCGACUUUUGGGGAACGUUGGACGCUGAUGAGCCCCUACUCCCCAUUCCAGGCUCAUGGCCUGAGACAGAUUUAUCGAUUGAUGAUGUCUGGGAUAUGAAAAGCUAUAACGCAUCUUCAAGGAGAAGACGUAUACGUGGGCUGAGAUACCUGGGCUUGGGACGAUCGCGUGAGUCCGAGGUGUAUGGGCCGGAGUUCAAAGUCUUCUUCCUCCAGACAAUGGUUGACGAUGGAAAACGCAAGAAGGAGUGGAAGAGGAGAUUCUACCUGGAAAAUGGUAUCACACCACCUUGCAGAGAGUACAUCAGUUGAAUGACUAUGCUGGGCCACGGCUUCACACUCAAAGUGUACUCCUAGUUGCCAAAGGGAAAGGAGAGAAGGUGUUGCAAAUGGUCUAUACCUGGCAGGAACAGAUACGACCUAGGAACCCUUUCAAUCGUUGGUCGAACACAAUGGGAACCAGUCAUAACCACCCCACGGUACUAUAAAGAAAGGAGCAAAACAAUAACAGGACAAGAGAAGAAUCAGUUCAUCCUUCAUAACAAUCUUCCAAAGGCAUCUGCGCACAGUCGCAAAUACUCUCCACGAAGCAUAAUUGAGACGAAGACUUAACGGCCGGAAUAUUAUUUUCGAUGAAAGGUGUUUUGGAAGGCGAAAGGGGCUUACAAGGGUAGUUCUUCAAUGAAAUCAUUUGUGG